AGACUUUAACACUUUCAACAACAUUAACAAUUAACAAUUGUCAAUUAAACCAUAAACUUUAACAAAAUGUUCAAAUUCAUCGCUGUUUGCUUCUUCGCUUUGUUGGCUGUUGCUGCCGCUAAGCCCGGUCUUGUGGCUCCUUUGGCCUACUCUGCUCCUUUGACUUAUGCUGCGGCUCCAGCUGUUGUUGGUCAUGCUUCAUAUGUGGCUCCUUAUGCCUCCACCUACAAUGCCCACCAUGUUGCUCACUCUGCUGCCUUCCCCGCCGCUUAUGCUGCUGCUCCAGUUGUCCAUGCCGCCCCUGCUGCUUAUGCCGCCGCUCCCUUUGUAGGUGCUGCUUAUGCUGCUCCUCUUGCCACCCCCUUCGCUGCUCCUUUUUUCUUGAAGAAGUAGAUCAGAGAAUUGAAUUUGAAUUGAAAUACAACUAAAAACGAUGUUACUUACUUAGACUGGAAAA